AUGAUCUGGCCCAGCCAGUUUGCCAACACGUCCCUGCUCUACGCUCUUCAUGACCGGUGCAGGUCGGAUCCAUCUGAGACGGACGGAUGGCAGAUCUCCCGGUAUCGUUUCUUCUUAUACGUGGCCGCCGGAUCCUUCGUGUGGUACUGGGUGCCAGGAGUUCUGUGGCAAGGGCUCUCGGUUUUCAGCUUCAUUACUUGGAUCAAGCCGAAUAAUGUCAUUGUAAACCAGUUGUUUGGAGGGUUCUCGGGGCUCUCUUUGGUCCCAAUUACGUUUGACUGGACAUACAUCUCCAGCUACAUUCUUUCUCCGUUGCUGGCCCCUACCUUAUCGCAUGUCAACACGCUGAUCGGGCUAAUUGUCUUUUUCAUCAUCCCGACUAUUGGAAUCGCGUAUUCGGGGGCCCUCUACUCGGACUACCUGCCGAUCAACACAUCGACCACAUACGACAACACCCAGAAUACAUACAAUGUGUCGAGGAUCCUCGGGCCUAACUUUUCCUUUGACCUGGAAAAAUACAAGAAGUACUCGCCGAUGUUCUUGGCCCCGACGUUCGCGUUGAAUUAUGGAUUGGGCUUUGCGGCGCUCAUCUCUUCGCUUGUCCAUGUUGCAAUAUACCACAGCAAGGAUAUCUGGCGUCAAUUGCGGCAGGCAAGGGAUGAAAAACCAGACAUACAUUGCAAGUUGAUGGCGCGGUACCGUGAAGCUCCCAACUGGUGGUACGUGGCGCUUUUCGUCGCUGCCACGGCUAUGGGUCUUGGUACCUGUCUGGGCUAUGAUUCUCAACUUCCGUGUGAGUGAGAUGGACUUGCUUGAGCUUGGAAGAAAUUUGCUGACUAGAAAAUCAAGGGUGGGGAUAUUUUGUCUCCCUUAUUAUUGCUGCUGUCUUCAUU